CCUUUGAGAGAGAGAGAGAGAGAGAGAACGAGAGCGGGAAGCUUAGAGGCUCGGGGUUGGCUGAGGGGGGAGACGAGGCUGGCGCGCGGAGUGGCGCAUGCGCGUUGCUGGGCGCGCGUAACGGAUUUUUAACGGCUCGCGCUGUCGGAGCGUUCUGUCGCUUCGUGAGAAGUAGCUUUGACCAGCCAUGACCGACUCCACCCCCGCCGCGGGUGUCAUGACUCUGCCAAAGACUCCUGAAAGAUAUGUGGGGUUUGCCAAUCUCCCCAAUCAAAUUUACAGGAAGGCUGUGAAGAGAGGGUUUGAAUUUACCCUCAUGGUCGUCGGGGAAUCUGGACUGGGGAAAUCGACGCUCGUCAAUUCCUUGUUUCUGGCAGACUUCUAUUCUCCAGAGUAUCCGGGACCUUCCCAGAGAAUUAAAAAGACGGUGCAGGUUGAACAGUCGAGGGUUCUCCUGAAAGAAGGGGGUGUCCAGCUGUUGCUAACCAUUGUUGACACCCCAGGAUUUGGAGAUGCCCUGGAUAAUAGCAAUUGCUGGCAGCCUGUAGUGGACUGCAUUGACAGUCGUUUUGAAGACUACCUCAGGGCCGAGUCACGGGUGGACAGACGGCAGGUGGUGGACAACAGAGUGCACUGUUGCUUAUAUUUCAUUUCUCCUUCAGGACGUGGGCUGAAACUGCUGGAUGUUGAGGUUAUGAAGCGCCUACAUGAAAAAGUGAAUAUCGUUCCGCUUAUUGCCAAAGCAGACACGCUGACUCCUGAAGAGUGCCAGUGGUUUAAGAAACAGAUCAUGAAAGAAAUUCUAGAGCACAAGAUUAAAAUAUAUGAAUUCCCCGAAACGGGUGAUGAAGACGAAAACAAGCUGGUUAAAAAGAUAAAGGACCGUUUACCUCUUGCUGUAGUAGGUAGCAAUACCAUAGUUGAAGUCGGAGGCAGGAGAGUUAGGGGAAGGCGGUAUCCUUGGGGAGUUGCAGAAGUUGAAAAUGAUGAGUACAGUGACUUCACAGUUCUCAGGAACAUGUUGAUAAGAACCCACAUGCAAGACUUGAAGGAUUUCACUAAUCAUAUCCACUAUGAGAACUACAGAAGCAGGAAAUUGGCAGCGGUUGCAUACAGUGGAGCAGACAACAGCAGAAACAAAGGACAGGUAACAAAAUUUGACAGAGUAGAAGGCAUGAGCCCUCAAGCACAAAUAGAAGAACGGAGAGAGUACCUGCCAAAGAUGAAGAAAAUGGAAAUGGAAAAGGAGCAGGACUUUGAAAUGAAGUACAAUGAAAAAUGGCAGAAACUGAGGGACACUGAAGCAGAGCUCCAGCGGCGUCAUGAGCAAAUGAAAAAGAACUGGGAGGCCCAUGACAAAGAACUGGAUGAAAAACGCCUCCAGUUUGAGGAGGAGAAAGCAAACUGGGAAACCCUACAACGUAUUUUGGAAAAACAGAAUUCUCCAAGAACUUUGGAACAGAACAGGAAGCUGUUUUAAAUCCACCAGUUAAUGUUUGUUGCCAGUAUUCUAGCCUGGACAUCGGUGUGUGUUGGAUCUGUUUGACCAGUCUUGCAGCAGUCUAUGUUAAAUUAUUAAUAUUAAAUUGUUUAUGUUAAAUAUAUGAAUUUAAUACCAUGACAAAAAUGUUUUAAAUUUUGAUGACAAUUGUGUUGCCUUGAAUUGUUUAGGUUGUAUGCUUGGAACAGAACAGUUCUAAGUACCGUAUUAAAAAUAAAAGUUAUCUUAAUUUUUAAAAAA